AUUCUCCAGAAGACUACAACUCCCAUGGUGCCACGGGAGUUGCAACCCAGGAUUUGUAGCACCACGUGCUUGGACUGUCACAGGUGACGUACAGCGGAGAGCAGGACGGCAUGGCGAGUAAAGAUCCCGGAGGUUUUUUGCAGCAGCUGAGGCAGAUUGUCAGCAGGAUGGGGUCUGGCCCACGAGGAGCUGGGCUGGGUGUGAAGCUGCUCAUCGGAGCUGGAGCUCUUGCCUAUGGGGUCAAAGAAGCCACAUACACAGUGGAGGGUGGCCAGAGAGCCGUUAUCUUCAGCAGAAUUGGAGGAAUGCAGAUGGACACUGUGCUUGCAGAAGGAUUGCACUUCAGGAUACCAUGGUUCCAGUACCCUAUCAUCUAUGAUAUUCGAGCCAGGCCCAGGAAGAUUUCAUCCCUCACUGGAAGCAAAGAUCUUCAGAUGGUAAACAUAGCUCUUCGUGUGCUGUCUCGGCCCAUUGCCUCCCAAUUGCCAAUCAUGUACCAGCAGCUGGGGAAAGACUAUGAUGAACGUGUCCUUCCUUCUAUCGUCAAUGAGGUGCUUAAGAGCGUGGUGGCCAAGUUCAAUGCCUCCCAGCUGAUCACACAGAGAGCCCAGGUGUCACUGCUCAUAAGACGAGAUCUAAUUGAGAGAGCUAAAGACUUUAACAUCAUCCUGGAUGACGUGGCUAUCACAGAGCUCAGCUUCAGCAAAGAGUACACUGCUGCUGUGGAGGCCAAACAAGUCGCCCAGCAGGAGGCCCAGAGGGCUCAGUUCUACGUAGAGAAGGCCAAGCAGGACCAGAAACAGAAGAUUAUACAGGCCGAGGGUGAAGCUGAGGCUGCAAAAAUGUUGGGUCAAGCUGUUACGAAGAACCCUGGCUACCUAAAACUCAGGCGUAUCAGAGCAGCCCAAAAUAUUGCCAAAACGGUGGCGGCUUCUCAGAACAAGGUGUACCUGAACGCAGACAGCCUCGUUUUGAACCUCCAGGACAGCUCCUUUGACAAGCUGUCGCUGGGGAAAUGAAGAGCAUCAUCCAUAAAGAACAUAUGCAUUCCAUAUGUAAGCAGUGUUUGCUGAGCCAUUUAUGCCCCUUUCCUAAACGUGACUGUGAGCAGAGCCUCUCUCACAGUACAGUUCUGCUGGGACUCGGAUGAGACACGUCAGGCAGCCUUACAGAUUCAUAUGUACACACAGACUUUUAUACCAAGUCAUUCAGGAUUGUUUUCUGGCACAUUCAGCUCAAGAACUGGAGUUUUGGUAACCGGUUUAAAUACUAACGAUGAUCACAAAAUAUACACUGCAACCAAUAAAUGGUCACUUGUUCAUAUAUUCCUAAAUGUCCCUAUGAAGGCAAAUAAGAUUCUGACGAGGGCCAGUAGCUAAAAUGUUGCUAAUUGGUUGUUUACAGAACAUAAACUUUUUUGCCCUAAAUUUUUUUAUUAUAUAAAUAUACUAUUAUACUAUAGCCAUUCAAUGUUCUCUAUAAAUUUCCACUUUACAAAGUGCUUGUUGACUGAUACUAGUACUCAGAGGUUUUGAUUAAAUAACGUGUUUUCAAGA